CGGCCGUAAAGCGUAGCUGUCGCGCUCCUGCCGAUUCAUUGUACUGGUUGUGCUGCUGAUGGCGUUGAGCGGAGCGGAGACUGCGGGGCUGCGGCAGGCGGCCGCCAUGUACGAGCAACUGAGGACCGAGUGGGGCAAGAAGAGCCCCAACCUGGGCAAGUGCGGGGACGUGCUGGGCAAGCUGAAGCUCGCUCUCCUGGAGCAGAACUUUUUACCCACAACUGAUGCCAAACUGACGAAGCAGCAGCUCGUACUAGCGCGGGACAUCCUGGAGAUCGGCGCCCAGUGGGCGAUCCUGAAGAAAGACAUCCCGUCCUUCGAGAGAUACAUGGCGCAGCUCAAAUGCUACUACUUUGACUACAAGGAGGAGCUCCCGGAAUCGGCCUAUAAACACCAGCUCCUCGGCCUCAACCUCCUCUUCCUCCUGUCCCAGAACCGCGUGGCCGAGUUCCACACCGAGCUGGAGAGGCUUCCGGCCAAGGAGAUCCAGGCCAACGUCUACAUCAAGCACCCCGUGUCCCUCGAGCAGUACCUGAUGGAGGGAAGUUAUAACAAGGUGUUCCUGGCCAAGGGGAACAUCCCGGCGGAGAGCUACACCUUCUUCAUCGACAUUCUGCUGGACACCAUCAGGGAUGAGAUCGCGGGAUGCAUCGAGAAGGCGUAUGAGAAGAUCCUGUUUAACGAGGCCACGAGGAUGCUCUUCUUCAACACCCCCAAGAAGAUGACGGAUUACGCCAAGAAGCGAGGCUGGGUCCUGAGCCCCAACAACUACUACAGUUUCAGCAGCCAACAGCACAACCCGGAGGAGGCCACGAUACCGUCCACGGAACUAGCCAAACAGGUCAUCGAGUAUGCCCGCCAGCUGGAGAUGAUCGUCUAGCGCCAGCCGCGGCCCCCGCGCUCUCCUCCUCGGCUCUCCUGGACUUUCUGCCCGUGUCGGCUUUUUUAUGUUAUUUGUGGGGUUUUUGUAUAAUAUUACGCGCCGUGGCUUUGUGGGCUUGCGCAGGCACGAGGCCGCUCCUGAGGAGUGGAAAGGAUUCUUUGGCCUCGCGUCACCGGAUCGUACGCAGGAGCCCAGCCAGCCCCCUCGGGGGGGGGGGCGACACGCUGGGGUAUUCGGGGUGCGGGUUGCGCGUGUGAUGAUGUCAUGGACCCGGUGACUACGGCACUGCGCGGGUCCCACGGCGCAUGCAGAGGUUGUAUCACGCGUAUAAUAAACGGAGUAUCUCAA